GCGCCUUUUGAGAUAAUUGCGGGCCGAGUUGGUGGUGUGUUUCCCGCCAGGCCAGGGGAGGCGUGACGCCAGGCGCAGCUUGAUGACGACAUUUCGGUGCCGGGUAGCCGAAUGGCGGUCUUCGUCCCUUAGGCGAGCGACUUCAUGGGUCCCACAGUGGUUUCCUAAGACGGCCGUUGUCAGCGGCCCCCAGGAGGCUGCUAUGGCGUUCCCUCACCUGCAGCAGCCCAGCUUUCUGCUGGCUAGCCUGAAAGCUGACUCUAUAAAUAAGCCCUUUGCACAGCGGUGCCAAGACUUGGUUAAAGUCAUAGAGGAUUUUCCAGCAAAGGAGCUGCAUGCCAUCUUCCCAUGGCUGGUGGAGAGCAUUUUUGGCAGCCUGGACGGUGUCCUUGUCGGCUGGAACCUCCGCUACUUACAGGGACGCAUGAGUCCUGUGGAAUACAGCAUUGCGAUGGAAUUUCUAGACCCUGGUGGCCCAAUGAUGAAGUUGGUUUAUAAGCUUCAGGCUGAAGAUUAUAAGUUUGACUUUCCUGUCUCCUACCUGCCUGGCCCUGUGAAGGCGUCCAUCCAGGAGCGUGUGCUCCCUGACAGCCCUCUGUACCACAACAAGGUCCAGUUCCCCCCGACGGGGGGCCUCGGCCUGAACUUGGCCCUCAAUCCGUUCGAGUACUACAUGUUCUUCUUUGCUUUGAGCCUCAUCACUCAAAAGCCACUCCCUGGGGCUCUCCACAUACGAACUUCAGACUGUGCCUAUUUCAUCCUCGUGGACAGGUACCUGUCAUGGUUCCUGCCCACAGAAGGCAGUGUGCUCCCGCCGCUCUCCUCCAGUCCCGGGGGGCCCAGCCCCUCACCAGCUCCCAGGACGCCAGCCAUGCCCUUCGCUUCCUAUGGCCUCCACCACACCAGCCUCCUGAAGCGACACAUCUCUCAUCAGACGUCUGUGAACGCAGACCCUGCAUCCCAUGAGAUCUGGAGGUCUGAAACUCUACUCCAGCAACAACCGCAUCUCUGCAGUGGGAGCCUUGAGCCUGGGCCUGGGCCUCCGGGUCAACCAGACGCUGAGGAUUCUAGUUGCUCACCAAGGGCAUUCUGUCAGUGGAGACAACUUCUGAGCUGAGACAGUGGGGCUGUCCCGAGCCACUCAGCAGACAUGAAGAAUCCCUCCCUCCCUUUGGAGAUGUUCCAUGAGCCUCCCUGGGGCUCGGUUUUUCUCAAUUGUGUGUGUGUUUCUCAGAUGUCCAGGAAUCCCAUGCGAGGCGAAGGCUGCUUUGGAGUUCUAAAGUCUGUCCGGGAUAAUCCAAUGUCUGCCCUAGAACUCCUAGAUUUCUCUGUAAGAGCUCUUCAUAAAUCUCAUCUGUGAUCCUCCCCACAGCUCCAUGAGUUAUCAGUUAGAGGAAGAAAGUGGGGAUGAGAGAAAUAGAGUGCCCUGCCCAGAUACUUAACAUGGCUGAGUCUGAGUCCCACCCCAGGCCGGACUGUAAGGUCACAGGGCCACUCUGGCUCUAUUCCCACUCCUGACUGGGGGGUCCCGCCAUGGUCUCACCUCCAACCCCUGCCUGGGUUCUUCAUUGGCUGAGAGAGACUAGGUGGCUCAGAGGACACAAAGCUCGCUGUUCACUGAUGUUUGGAUUUGCAGGUUCAGUACUUGCAAGGCGGCCCCGCCCCACCCCCUGGCCUGUUCUGUCUGCAGGCGGAUCAUGGUGCUGGAAGAUUCACUCAUGUGGCCUUGAGGGAGAUUAAGACUCCUUUUCAUUCAAUUGUGCCUUUUUGAUAUAGAAAAUUAAAAGCAGUUAAACAUUAAGGAGAGAAUCCCCAAAUAUGAGUUAUUGAAAGGAAGUCUAGUCACAAAUCACUGCUUAUUCUAACCCUGGUCGAUGUCAACCCAGAUUUAAGUCAAAACCCUUCCAGAGACAUGUUUUUUACAGUUCCAAUCCUUCAGGCUUAUUGCUUCCUUCUGCCUGCCCAGUUUCUACAGCUCCAAAGCUAGAGAUUAGUUUGCCUUGACCUUGUUCCUCCUGCUCUGAGAAUUCCUGUUAACAUUGGCUUCUAUCAUUAAAAAAGG